CACUUGGUUAUGAACGUAGCAUUAGGCUACAACUUCUGUCACUGCAGAGCGUGCCACUGUUCAAUGAUUCCGCUUUUUCGGUCGGUGAGGAAAUAUUAGGGUGAAAGGUUAGGCAACGUUAUAACUCCAAUGCCAGUAACAAAGCCCACAGUUCCCUUCCGGACACUACGACAGAUCGGUUACUAUACCCAAUCCUGAGAUCCACCGACAAGCCAACUUUCUCCAGCAGCCGUGGGCGAGCCUGAACUGAAAUAGCAGACGCGCACGCACGGACCAAACGCCCGUCUCUACAGAUCUACUGUUUUAGACCAGAGGAGCAGAGCACCAUGGUUGUGUCCAAGGCCUGGACGUUACGCCAGCACUUCCAGGGUUUCCCCAAGGCUAGUGACUUCCAUCUGAGGGAGGAGACGCUGCCACAGCCCAAGAAUGGACAGGUGCUGUUGGAGGCUGUGUUCCUCAGUGUGGAUCCUUACAUGAGACCCUACAGCCAGACGAUGAUGAAGGAGGGAGACGUGAUGAUUGGAUCCCAAGUUGCCAAGGUGAUCCAGAGCUAUAACCCCAGCUUCCCGGUUGGCUGCCAUGUGGUCAGUGAUUGUGGAUGGAGGAGUCACUGGGUGUGUGAUGGGGCAGAGCUGACCCCUGUGCUGCCCGACUGGCCCCAGGACAUCCCCCUCUCCCUGGCCCUGGGGGCCAUCGGCAUGCCUGGUCUGACAGCUCUGUAUGGACUAGAGGAGGUGUGUGAGAUAAAGAAGGGGGAGACUCUUCUGGUGAACGCUGCAGCAGGGGCCGUGGGCUCAGUGGUGGGACAGAUCGCCAAGAUCAAGGGCUGCAGAGUGGUGGGCUGUGCUGGGACAGAUACCAAGGUGUCCUAUCUAAAGGAGCUGGGUUUUGACCUGGUCUUCAACUACAAGACUGCCACCUCUCUGGAGGAAUCACUCAGGGAGGCCGCGCCACACGGAUACGACUGCUACUUUGAGAAUGUUGGUGGGAAGUUCUCCAGUGUAGUGAUGCCUCAGAUGAGAGAGUUUGGCAGAAUAGCUGUGUGUGGAAGCAUCUCCAUGUACAACGACACCACACCACAGACAGGGCCGUAUGUACACACCCAUAUGAUCUUCAAACAGCUGAGGAUGGAGGGCUUCCUGUGUGCUCGCUGGAAACUCAAACACCAGCAGUCACUGAGGAGGCUGAUGGCCUGGAUGACUGAGGGCAAGCUGAGAUGCAGUGAACACAUCACCAGUGGUUUCAACAACAUGCCUGCUGCCUUCAUGGGCAUGCUACAGGGAGACAACACCGGCAAGGCUGUGGUCAAGGUGUGAUGACGUCACAAUCAACAUUACAAUCCUCCAGAACAUCUGACUAAAGCAUUCCAGAACACUCAACUCCGUACACUCCAGUUUCUGGAACCAGAAUCUGUUUCUACUUAACAUUCCAGAACACUCAACUUCAUACACUCCAGGUUCUAGAACCAGAAUCUGUUUCUACUUAACAUUCCAGAAUCCUUCCUGUAUGUCACACUAGUGUUCUGGUCCAUGUUUAUUCAUAGACACGUUCAACACACAGCUAGACAGGUUUAGGUCCAGUGUAAUUCAACAGACAGCUAGACAGGUUUAGGUCCAGGGUAAUUCAACAGACAGCUAGACAGGUUUAGGUCCAGUGUAAUUCAACAGACAGCUAGACAGGUUUUGGUCCAGUGUAAUUCAACAGACAGCUAGACAGGUUUUGGUCCAGGGUAAUUCAACAGACAGCUAGACAGGUUUUGGUCCAGUGUAAUUCAACAGACAGCUAGACAGGUUUAGGUCCAGUGUAAUUCAACAGACAGCUAGACAGGUUUUGGUCCAGGGUAAUUCAACAGACAGCUAGACAGGUUUUGGUCCAGGGUAAUUCAACAUACAGCUAGACAGGUUUGGGUCCAGUGUAAUUCAACAGACAGCUAGACAGGUUUAGGUCCAGGGUAAUUCAACAGACAGCUAGACAGGUUUAGGUCCAGGGUAAUUCAACAGACAGCUAGACAGGUUUUGGUCCAGGGUAAUUCAACAGACAGCUAGACAGGUUUAGGUCCAGUGUAAUUCAACAGACAGCUAGACAGGUUUAGGUCCAGGGUAAUUCAACAGACAGCUAGACAGGUUUUGGUCCAGGGUAAUUCAACACACAGCUAGACAGGUUUUGGUCCAGUGUAAUUCAACACACAGCUAGACAGGUUUAGGUCCAGGGUAAUUCAACAGACAGUUAGACAGGUUUAGGUCCAGGGUAAUUCAACAUACAGCUAGACAGGUUUUGGUCCAGUGUAAUGCUAUUAACUAAAUAAACAUGUCUUCACAAUAUAAUGUUUAUAAUACA